CACCGUUCAUCACUGACUCAAAAUAUAUAGUCAUCGCCUCGUCUCUUAUCUUACAUAAUUUUGUCCUCUCCUGCAUUUCUCUCGCUGUUCUGAUUUCUUUCAUCCAUGGCUAGUACUCAAGGUCAGGUCAUCACUUGCAAAGCGGCUGUUGCUUAUGAGGCAAACAAGCCGUUAGUAAUCGAGGAUGUACAGGUAGCCCCGCCGCAAGCCGGUGAGGUCCGUGUCAAGAUCCUCUUCUCUGCUCUUUGUCACACUGAUGCUUACACUUGGAGUGGAAAGGAUCCUGAGGGACUCUUUCCCUGUAUCCUCGGCCAUGAAGCUGCUGGGAUUGUAGAAAGUGUUGGAGAAGGAGUUACUUCUGUUCAGCCAGGUGAUCAUGUGAUUCCUUGUUAUCAAGCAGAAUGCGGAGAAUGCAAAUUCUGCAAAUCUGGAAAGACAAAUCUUUGCGGUAAAGUUCGUGCAGCUACUGGAGUUGGCGUGAUGAUGAAUGACCGUAAAAGUCGGUUUUCAGUAAAUGGAAAGCCUAUCUACCAUUUUAUGGGUACCUCGACAUUCAGUCAGUACACGGUUGUUCAUGAUGUUAGUGUCGCUAAGAUUGAUCCGAAAGCUCCUUUAGAGAAAGUGUGCCUUCUUGGCUGUGGUGUUCCCACUGGUCUUGGAGCAGUUUGGAAUACUGCUAAAGUAGAAGCAGGGUCAAUUGUUGCUGUGUUUGGCCUUGGCACAGUUGGUCUUGCAGUUGCAGAGGGAGCAAAAGCAGCUGGUGCCUCACGUGUUAUUGGUAUUGAUAUUGACAGCAAAAAGUAUGAGAGAGCAAAGAAUUUUGGAGUUACUGAAUUUAUCAAUCCAAAGGACCAUGAUAAACCAAUUCAGCAAGUCAUUGUUGAUCUCACAGACGGCGGUGUUGACUAUAGUUUUGAGUGCAUUGGGAAUGUUUCUGUAAUGAGGUCUGCUUUGGAAUGUUGCCACAAGGGCUGGGGGACAUCCGUUAUUGUGGGCGUUGCAGCUUCAGGUCAGGAGAUAUCCACUCGUCCUUUCCAGUUGGUGACUGGCCGUGUAUGGAAAGGAACUGCUUUUGGCGGUUUCAAAAGCCGUUCGCAGGUGCCUUGGCUUGUUGAAAAGUACUUGAAAAAGGAAAUUAAGGUGGAUGAGUACAUCACACAUAAUCUGAGUCUUGAGGAGAUCAACAAAGCUUUUGAUCUGUUGCACGAAGGAGAUUGCCUCCGAUGUGUGCUUACCAUGCAUCCUUACAGGCCUCCCCAGGGCUCUCUAUGAAGAAGUGUCUGAGUGUUUUAUGCAUAAGGUUAUCUACUAAGCCCUGUCUCUCGUGCUUUAUGAAAUCGGAUGCUUUAGUGCCCCGUUUCUUUGGUUGAAAGUGAUAAGCGGUCCGUUGCAUGGACUUAUAAUUUUAUUGUGUGUUGCAUGGUGUCAACAUUUGAUCUACUUUCUUGCAAUAAAGCUGGUGUGGGUUAUCUU